CUAUAGGCACAUGACGGUCUAUUUACACAUAGCUUUCUACAUGCAUAUUGGUCUGUACAGGACAGCUUCAGUAUAGGGCCUGUUAUUAUUUUUAUAAUGAUUGAAGCUAUAGAACGAAGUCAGUCUUCGCGUCUUGGAAAAUAACAGUGACUUGAAAACUUGUGGAGACUUUUAUAACUAUUGUUGUACAGCUGUGUUGAGUCUGAGCUAAAUAAUCACGCAGAUUAUGUUAGUGGUUUCCACCAAGUUGUAGAGGAAGAAUAUACUCCAAUACGUUUUCUUGAAAUACAUUACCGUGCCUGCCUUAAAGUGCUUCUAACUCGGACGCAACUUCACUAAACCAACUAUAUUUUCGGAAACGCCUAUUUUUCUCUGCAUUUUUCUAGACUCUGGGGGAAGAUUGUGGACCCUAUCGCUGUCUGAUUGAGCCUACAUAUUAUUUUUGUAGUUGCCUGGUAUCUCUCCCUCUCUCUCUCUCUCUCUCUCUUUCUCUCUCUCUCGCUACGUACCAGCACGAAUGGGCGUGAUGCGGUACGUUCCCAUUGCGAUCUUAAUGAGUGUGCUCGUGACGAGUAGCGUUCAGCAGCAUGGGAGACAGUUAUCAAACUGUGUCUGGGAGUACGACGACGGUCAGACACUAGAUUUGACUAGUGCGGGGAACACUGAUGGAACAGCAAGAUGGAACAACGUGACUGCUCUAGAUGUAAAUCAGGACCCAAAUUUAUAUACCAUAAACCCUUGCUAUGGAUUUACAUUGGGGACUGAGUGCGCAGGUGUGGCCGUCUGCCGUAUAAGUGACUUGGGCAUCCCUCUAAAUGUUGCCGCUACCAGUACUGGCCGUAUGUACUACAGCGAAGCUGACAAUGGUGUGGUGCUCGAGUACAACCAUACAGAUCCUAGCGACCCGGAUUUGGUGUACAUCAGUCGGUUCCAUUCUGCUUGCAACGGAGGAGAGGAAGUCCAGAUCGUCGUACAGGGCGUUCAGUCAUCAACUCCGAAUCAAGUCAUUCAUCGCUUCAUCCUGCUCAUGCCAUGUGCUCCUGCGAUUGCAACUCCAAAGACCUCUGGUCCGCCCACCGUCACACCUCAGCCAAUCAUUCCCCAAUCAACAAUCGCACCGACCACCGUUAGCAAAGUAACAAUUGGACCGCCCCCCGUUACCAAAGUAACAAUCGGACCGCCCCCCGUUACCAAAGUAACAAUCGGACCGCCCCCCGUUACCCGGGCAACAAUCAGACCGCACCCAGAGACGCACGGUUUGACAGCUGGAGGAGUGAUCUGCAUUAUAUUUGUAAGCUUCGUUUGUGGAUACUUCCUGCUUGGUUCUUUCUAUAUGUGCUGCUGCAGUGGGGCGAGGGGGAUGGAAAUUAUUCCUCACGUACACUUCUGGCUUGAUCUACCCACUCUUAUCCUGGAGGGAUUUUUCUUCCUCUUCAGCUGCUGCGGUAAAACUCAAAUGAUGGAGACCUCAUCGGGACAAGACUACGACAAAAUUUGAUACGAUAGCUUUCCUUCAAUAUCAUGAUUGAUUCCACGGGCAGAAGGGCGUUAACUAAUGGCCCUCUACGGCGACUUAACGCCCUUCUGGCUCUAAAGGGACGUUCUGUACCCUUUUUAGAUUUUCAAGAUUUAUAGAAGUCCACUCUUUGAAGAGGAGUCAUAAUCACUGGCGUAUUUUGAAGGAGGGGGAAAGAGUGAAAUUUAUUUUAAAAAUCCACCCCUGACAGGUUAUCCCACCAAUAAAAUGCACUUAAUUUUCAUAACUAGAAAUAUUAAAGCAGAGCCACGUAACAUAUAGGUUUACAGUCAAUUGAAAAAUUUAAAUAACGGUUCUGAUUGGUGAAUAGUCAACCUUAUCAUCAAUAUGUGCAUGCAACGAUGAUCUUGAUUGGCCAUUAAUAAUUGAUUGCAAAAUGUAAGUCAGUAAUAGAAAUAUGGAUUUAGGGUAGAUUCAACACCAGAACGAAUUGAUCCAUGUUAUGACUCCUAAAAGAGUGGAUACAUUAUUAUUGCACCCUCUGUAUUGUCUCUAUUGGGCCUUUAAAAAAAAAAGUUAUAUUACCCUUAAUGUGCCAAAACAUCGGUCGGUCGGUCGGAAAUCUCUUUUUUGCCCUUCCUCUUUGGGCUGAUAUUUCUCAGUUUUGAAUGCUUUGAUACAUAUUUUGAUAUGCAUUAAACAUUUUUUGUGUGUAAAAAACGGAUUUUGGGGUCGGUCGCAAAGGACAAUACAACAUCUUUUUUUUAACGCCUUAUUGUCUCCAUUGAGAAUAAAGUAUUGUAGAACAUGUCAAUGCAACUAUUCUUCACGACCGUGGCCACUUUGUGUUCAUUUCCCUAAUUGGAAGGCAUUUCAUAUCAAUAGGCUUAAUUGAUUGUAAAAAGAUUCGCUUUUAAAACAAAAUAUGCUGAUAUUCAAAUCACAUUUCAUUUUUUAAAUCAAUAUCAUUAAUGCUUUCUCACUGUUGAUAUUAUUGACACAGUCGCAAAGAUUUUCGAGGAAUAAAAUGAACCUAAAGCUAUUUCAAUAGCCUUUCAUGCAUCACCUUGUAAAUUAUGCGAACGUUGCAAUGACGCGUUAUACUUACAAAGUUAAUCAAAACGUGACUACAAUAGGGCAGUGCAUUUACAUUUGAGUUGAUUCCUCGAAAGUCUAUGCGGUCAUGGUUUGUUGUUGUUGUUUUGUUGUUGUUGUUGUUGUUGUCACAUAGUGUAAUCGUACAAACGAUUCAGUGGCGGAUCUAGUCCUGUGUGACAUGUGACAAGAAUACAAAUUAUAUGAUGAAAAAUAAUGUUUUUAAACGAGGAAGGAAAAAAUGAGGUCGCAUUUUUUUCUGGAGGCUCGUUCCCCUGUGUAUAUACCCACUGGUUCCGCAACGGUGAUUCUCCAACAUUGGACAAAGAUAUUAAAAAAUAAUACGGGCCUAUUUGUUUAAUGCAUUAUGACGAAAUACUUUUUUUUCGAUAAAAGAAGUUUUUUCUUUAAAAACAUCAUCAAACUCAUGCAUCGAUACAAAGAAUAUUGAGUUCAUUACCUGCUGCAUUUUUGUUUUGUUUCAUUGUUAUGCUAAGUGUACUUAAUGGCAAUUUUCAGUAUUAAAACUUGGAGGAAUCUAAUAUUAUUGUUCAACAUUGUCCACAUUCAAUCUAUUGUGUAGAAUUUCAAAGGGAUAGACAGUGGUUUUCUCAAUGUCAGAGUAUUUUAGAAUAGUGUCACAGCUAUUAAUCUUCAUUUUCCACUCUUAAUCCAGUUGUAUAUUUUAUACGAUAUUUGAAAGGAAGUAAUUAACUGAAUGCUUCCAGUGUAUAUGGCUUAUAGAAACUUGGCUAAAGCAAAAGUACAUGCAGUACUUUAAAGGCUCCUUUAGCAGCCAUGCAGCUAUUUCCAGUAUGUUCAUCAGUUAGAUUUGUUUAAUGUGUACUGCGCGGUAAUCAUAAUUGUAAAGUGAAGACAAGUUCAAUGAAUGUUAAUAACUAUAAUAAUAAUUAUUUGGCAUGUUUUGUUUUCAAUGAUUUGCAAUAUAGAUAGUUUAUCAAAAGCACUUCUAAUAAUAUUGUGUAAAUAAAUUCAAUUGUUUUUUUUUUUUAAUAGUGCGUGGCAGUGGCAAAGAGAGGACUGCAAAGGGGUUGGGGAGAGACUGAAAAGCUGGAGCCAAGAAAGAUUUUCAUUUUUGGCCCCAUGGCUUCUUUUUGGUCAAAAUAAAGUUCCCAGCUUUAUUUCCUUUUCCUCCUUUCCUUUCAUCUUUUGUGCAUUCUAAAACCAUGCUCCUUAUUAUGAAAAUGCUAAGUCUGAAAUGUUAAGUAUUUCAAUGUUCUAUAUACGCUUUGUUUGUCGAUGAAACAAUGUUAAUGUCAAAUGUGUUUGUAAAUAUUCCUCUCGUGAUACCAAAGAGUCGCGCUUACAAUAUUAUCCUAAAUGCACUAGGCCAGCCGCUUCUCAACCUUUUUGAACUCGAGGCCCACUAUGGCUGUUAAGGCUCACGUACCUCACACAAAAACAAUGAGAAAAUAUUAGCAAUGAAUCAUGACACAGGAAAAUAAAGAACGAAUUGUGUGGUAAUUAUAUGCAGUGGCGAAUUUAUGUAUUGUUGCACCCGGGACAAACAAUGUCUGAUAUUGGAUUUGGGCCACCCCGGGCCAAACUUACUAAAGUAGGCCGACUGAACUAUAUUAAUAAUAUAGAAGCGAGAGCGCAAGCGAACUGGUUGAGAAGCGCUGUUGAAUAGGCGAUGACUGUGAUAACUCAUUCCAGUUAAUUUUUGUUCUUCUUAUGCAAAGUAAUGUUCUUUUUAAUAUAAUGUUAUACCUUUUGCAAUACUCAAUUGUAAAUUAGCAUAUUGAGACUAGAGUCUUUAAUAUACAACGUUAUUUUCAAACU